AUGCAGAACAUGACCCAAAUUAUGCAUCCUACGUCCAAGCCUUGCCUGGGAUUUGCUUGGAAUCCAGCCACUGUUACUGUCCCGUGCCGUCUCAUUGGCCAACGCACCAAUGUCGUGACUGACCAGUGCGCUGCUCUAAGCACUUCGGUUGGCGAUCACCUAAUUAUUCGAAGAAAAGCUGUCGCACAGUUCAUGUUUUGCGGCGAAAUGCGUUUCGAUGGGGAUAGAGCUGUUGGGGAACGUUUUGAACAGCAAAGGACUGAUUAUGAACUGACGCCGCUGCGACCUUCCCCUCUCUCACAUCCCGACGGCGAUGAAUUGUGGGAAUCUGUGCUUAGCCAAGACGAAGCACGUCGCAUGCCCAGGUUGAACGAUUUCGUGCCGUCGCCCAUAGCCACACCCACAACCUCACCCGUACCCAUGCCGGUGCCUAUACCCGCGCUGACUGAUGACGCUCUGCUAUUCACCGAUCGAAUAACGUCCCCGAAGAUAUUCUCAAAACGACCCAGCUCUAGAGCAUUUCAUCAUGGGAAUGACGCAUCUCUCUGGACCCCGUUUUGGCUCAGGAAAACGACACUGUUUGGAUUCAUCAUCCUUUUUACUUUGCUUUGGAUUGCGCUCCUUGUCCUUUGGCUUUUCGUGAAGCGUAAUAAUGGGCUGGAAAUUAUCCUGACUUCUAAUCACUAUGUUUGGAGAUUUGCGCCUGCUGCAGUUUUGAUUAUUGUGGGUGGUCUUUGGCGACAAGUGGACUAUCAUUGCAAGGCCGCAUACCCCUGGCAUGAGAUGAACAAGGGCCUCGCAAGUGCACCGAGAAGUAUGGUUCUUGAUUACGUCUCUGAUUUCCGAGUGACCUCCUUCUUCAAAGCUAUAAAGUCAGGUCAUCAUUCCGUGGCCUCUUCGGUUUUUGGAUUUUUCUUGUUAAAGCUUUCUCUGGUUUUUUCUACCGGACUUUUAGUCUCAACACCUACUACCCUGGUCGACAUAUCUUAUCCACUCACCAUGAAGACAAAGCUCGACGGGAGAGAUUGGGCCGGAAAGGCUCUUGCUUCUCAUCAAGAAUUCUUAAGCUCUUCUACUCCAGAUUCAAUCUAUGCAUAUUUUGGUGUCUCGGCGGCUGGAAUGUCUGAUCCCACUGGAACAAAGGAUGGUUUCGCUUAUCAGACAUUUGAUUUGCGCGAGAACCAUUCCGCAAUGAAGCAUGUGACGAGCAUGUCUACUGAUGUAGACGUCUUAGUCCCACUCCCGAUCUGUGAGCUGACCGACACCUCAAUCCAGUCAACUGCUGCGCUUCAUGAGUUUUCGAACGUGACUAGCGGUGGUGUCGUGCACCUGGAUAUAAAGUCGACCACAUGUCGCCUCGGGUUCAACAAUUAUACUAAAGUCUACGUGCACAUGAAGAACCCAAGAACAGAACUAUGCGAACCACGUGAACUAACGGCCGAGAUGCAACGGGUCAAUUGCACCGAGAGAUAUCCCCAAAGAGGAGCUACGUUGGAGAAGUUUCUUGACGGCGAGAUCAUGAACAAAGCAUUCCAAAGAGUUUACGGUGGCAUCGCAUCCCAAUUUGCGCAACAAAAUCUACUCGUUCCAAUAUCUGAGGAUAUUACUGGAAAGGUCGUCUAUAUUGAGGACCGCUUGCACGUGACAAUUAAUUCGCUCUGGGUAAUGCUUGCAAGUUUCGUUAUUUUGUCGGUCUUAACGGUAAUUAUACUCUUCACGCGGCCGUCUGAGUUUGCGUCACGAGAUCCUGGCUCAAUUGCAGCACAAGCUACGAUUCUUGCCGGAAGCAAUGAGCUUCAGCCACUGCUACAGGAUGCUGGUCAUCUUUCGGGUCGUGGUAUCGGAGACAAACUUCGAAAUUAUACAUUCAGAACUUCUACUUACCGAUCGUUCAGGAUCACUGCUCGUUAUGACCUGAGAGAAAGCAUCACUUCUAUCGAUGAUCACGUUGUCGAAGCGAGUGGAUUCUGGAAGCCUCUCGCUGCAAGGAGGCCUAUGCUCGUCCUGACAUUUAUUAUGCCGAUGCUUGCUAUUUCGGCGCUUGAGAUAAUGCAACAGUUUUCAAAUAGUAAUGAAGGAUUGAUGACCAUACAUUCGGCAAAAUGGAAAUAUGUUCCACAGUACCUUUGUGCUGUCGUGGCUGUUGUCAUUGCAACAUUUUAUAAUAACCUGGACUUUACCGUUGCCAUGUUCGCACCAUUCGAGGCUCUUCGCAAAGGCAACGUGACAGCAGGACGCAGCAUCGUAACGCACCUUCUUGGAAAAAUCCCUCUGGUUGCUCUUUGGGAUGCAGUGCGAGGAAACCAUAUCGGCGCAAUAUCAUCGACAAUUGCAGCAUUUGCGGCCAGUUUUUUAACUAUUGUUAUUUCCGGUUUAUGGAAUAUAGACCUAUCAGUCCUUCAAUCGCAUUCUGCGGUUGCUUACAGAACAGACAAUUGGAAUAUGGCAUUGAGAAACUACAGUUCCAAUGAUGGAAAUGCUGGUUUAGUCUUAAGACUCCUUCGACAUCACAACCUGACCACACCGCCGUGGACGUGGAAUGAGUUUAUAUUGCCAAAAAUCCACGUUGAUGCACCGAAUGCUCGCCUUGGGCUCGUGGAUCGGGACGAAUACGUACCCAAGAGUCCGAUUACUUAUACGUUCACUCUUCCAGCAUUGAGGCCCUCAUUGAAUUGCAGACUCCUCACAGCAGACGAUAUCUCGUUGGCCAAUUCUUAUGGGCCAGGGCCACAUCAAGGGACCUUCCAAACAGUUACCACAGCAGCCGUGCGCGCAAAGCUGCCGCCCAGCUGUCUUGCCACCCUACCUGAAAAUGUGACUAUUGCGGAGUUUAAUCUUACCUAUCUGGAAGUUGACGGGUUCUCAACAGGCGGAGGCUACGUUGGUUCUCUAUUCGAUUUAUACCUUCCACCGCUGGAUCCCGCUCAUCUAGUAGAUAUAUGGGAAAGGCAAGACAACCCAAUUGGUUGCCCAUCUAUCGGCAUCGCAUUUGGCUAUAUGCGUGCCAACCACACGUCGUUGACCAAUAUAACGGCUGCAAUCUGCAAUCAAGAAAUCCAGAAAAUCCCCACCGAGGUUACAUUCGCUGGAGAUCCAAAUUUAGGCUUCGUCGAUCAUACAAAUCCACCUAAAUAUAAUAAUACACGACCGAUAGAGCUGCUAACCAACGGCACAAACGGGUUUUCUUCGUUCUCCUUUCGCGUGCAAAAACUUCUUCGACCGUCGCUGGAAACUCACAGUAAAAGUACAUCGCAGAAAGGUCAGCCUCCCGGUCCUGAGACAAUCGAUAUCUUCCACGAGAUCAUACAUGGAUCACACGGUGACACCUCUCCCGAGUUAUUAAUGGGCGCAGAAAACGCAAAUAAGCUCCUCGAUGUCGUUAACCAUUACUACAGACUUUACAUGGCGCAGGUUAUCAAUCUUACGUUACGCAAACCAAUGGGUACCCCCGAAACGAAACAAUCGUGGCGACGGCAAGUUGCUGGAAAUAACAACAACAAUCACGAUCGUGAUAACGAUAGCGAUGCCAGUUCCGCUCUCAACCCACCCUCUCGGCAGAACUUUACAGGCACGCUACACAUCGCAACACCUCGGCUAAAAUCCAAUUUCGGCCCCAAACUCGCUCUCCAGCUCAUACUAGCCGUCAUGGUUAUUUUGGGGUGUCUGGCUGUGUUUACGAUGCGGCUGCGUGAAACCCUCCCGCACAACCCGUGUUCAAUUGCCGGGACGAUGAGUUUGUUGGCGGGCAGCGAGCUGUGUGAGAGUGGCGGGAAAUUAUUGCCGUCUGGGGCUGAGAGGAUGGGGGAUUCUGAGUUGAGGAGUGUGUUUGAUGGGCAGGGGUUGUUGUUUGGGUUGGGAUGGUGGAAGUGGACGGACGAGAGGGCCGCCUUUUUUUCUAUUGCUCUCCAUGUACAGUAG